UAUAACAAAUGAAACUAGAAGAUAAAUUUCAUAUUUUGCCUUAGUUGCUUUUUAUCAAAUCAUAAAAUUUUAUAAUGUUAGGAUUUAAAUAUAUUGUGUUUCUAAAGUUAUUAAAACGAUAUUGAAUUUAAAAAACAACAACAACAAAAAACAAAACAAAAACACUUGCUUGCCAAAUCUGAAAAAAAAAAAACACAUUCUAAACGAUAACGAAAUUCAUUAAUCAUGUAUCUUUAAUCGCAAAGUUCAUAUAAUCUGUCAUAUCAUAGACAUAUUCAUAUCUCUGCUAUGGAUAGAUAAGAUUUACCAAAAUAACUUGAUUUCACUUUCGAGUUAUUUCCCGUGAUAACACACAUUCCCGUUAGACGGCGCUUUACACUACGUCACAGAUUGGCACCAUAUUCAACACAGAAAAAAAGAUGGAUCUGAGGAUAUAAACAAGUGGUUGUUUUUUAUUUUAUUUUUACAAUGAAUGAUUUUAACCCGUGAUCUAGCAUUGACAGCAUUUAGGAUUUUUCCGUAGAGUACUUUUUAAAAGGUGGUUGUGCUAACAGUUUGGCAAUGGAACAUAUCUAUGAGGAAAUCUUGAGUCCCUGUAAAAGACUGAAGGUGUCCAGAAAUGUAAUACCAAAUGGACUUCCUCCAAUGAAAGGUUACCAUGCUCCACCAUCAUCCGUCAUAUCUGCAGAUGAUAAGAAAUCACGGCCUCUGAAGGUCCUGCAGAAUGAAGGACAGAUUAGAUUAUCUGCUUACAUGAAUUUUGGAUUAUUAACAGUGCAUGUUAUCCAAGCAAGACACCUCACAUCAAAAGCAACUCCGUUAUGUAAUGCAAUGGUAAAGAUGUCUCUAGUCCCUGACGAAACAAGGAAAUCUAGAUGCAGAACAGAGGUUGUGAAUGGAUCCAACAAUCCUCUUUUUGAUGAGAAAUUUUCAUUUGAACUGUUAGAGGAGGAUAAUAAUAAGAGACUUCUUAUCUCAGUCUGGAACAAGGGGGCUGGAAACAGUGAAUUUUUGGGCUGUACGUCAUUUGGAAUAUGCCACCUGAUUAAUCCUAGAAAGGACACGGACGGCUGGUAUUAUCUACUGACAGAAGAAGUGGGCCGGAAAAAGCACCUGAAAGUCUCCAGCAAAAACCAGCCCAAGCUGCAAGUCAGAAAUCAAAGAGAAAAUGUUCCACCCAUCAACAAGGACAUGUGGGGUAUGGAGUCGGUCUCUGUUACAGUGCACAGAGGAGAGCAUGGGUAUGGGUUCUCUGUGAUAGAGAGCUGUCCUGUCAAGGUCGGCAGAGUUGAUAGAGGCUCUCCAGCAGACAUUGCAGGCUUGUGCCCAGGGGACUGUAUAGUCAGAGUAAACAACCAGAAUGUGUCGCGAUCACAGUCGGCUAGUGUUGCCAAACUUGUCAAGAAUGUAGGUCCUACGUUGGUAAUUGACAUACAUCGCCCCAGGGCUUUUGAGAUCCUGGAUAAUCCCUCCUGGCAGCAGGUGCUUCCUUCUAAUUACUCCAUAGAGCAUAUGGAGCUGAGACGGGGCCAGGACAACAACUCGGGGGAGUUCUCAGAUGACAGCAAGGGGACCGAAGGGUCUGUGGAUGAGGGGAUCUUCUCCCUUCCCAGUCACCUCAUAACUAGCACCCCACUCCCCCUUUUUAUGAAUGGGCAUCAGACUGUACCAACUCCUGACAAGAGGAAGCAGGAGGCCAUUCACAGAUUAAUGAGCAUAGAGAUGGACUUUAUUGACAUCAUGCACGCAGGAAUGCAGCGAUAUUCCCGACCUCUACGUCACUGUAUUUUAAACCCUAAGCACCAUUUUACCCUUUUCCAGAAUAUUGAAAAGUUGGUGACCAUUUCGGAGUAUCACCUGAAGCAAAUCCACGACAACAUGCCAUCCUUCUGCUCAGACACGGAAGGAUCUUUUACAUCCAGUGAGGGGGGACACAAUUUCUCUAUAGGAAUGAUCUAUCAUUCUAAGGUACACAUGCUCUCUCAAGCAUAUGACUUGUACUCGAAAGGAUUAGGCGAAGCCAAUGAAUUGUUAUCAGACCUUAGGAAAUCAACAGAAUUUGUCAAAUUUGUCAGGGAACCCCCUUUGGAGCCCCAGCAGCCCUCGAUCAGCACCUUCCUGACCAGGCCGGUCCAUCACAUCCGAGAACUUUACCAAGUAUUACAGGACAUCUUCAUAAACACUUCAAGUGAAGACAGCGACUUUAAGAACCUCAAGCAGGUGGUGGAAAGUUUAAAUGAAUGUGUGGGCAGUAUAUCAAACUAUAGUUGUGUGGAUCGCGUUCCUAGUAUUUCUUCUUUGGCAUCAUCAAGUGGAAGCAACGGACAUUCUAAAUCUGAAGCUAAUUCCGUAUCUGGAAAAGCCAUUCUUGCUCCAUCUUGUUCCAUGAACACCGUGCAAUCCAUCGACUCCGAGGUAGCCCGGAUACAGGAUCGACUGGUGUUUCCAUCCAACGUAGUGAGGUUCCAACUGUGUACAGAGGACAGACAUUUGAUCUAUGCCGGAGACAUGUUUAGAUGGGAGGGCACCACAUGGAAGAAGCUGUUUGUGCUGCUGUUUUCUGACGUCCUGAUCCAGACAGAACAAGACAGAAAUGAUCAUCUACACGUGCUGUAUGAGCCGGUACACCUCAAGCACAUCACACAGCUGGAUGGACAGAGAUAUCACUCCACAGAACUGGUUAUUCACUACGCUGCUGACACCACCCCUCAAGGAAUCCCCAUCACCCACAAGAUGCUGUUCCGGGCCCCCACUACGGAGCUGAAGUACACCUGGAAGUCCCUCCUGGAACAGAAAGUCCAAAGUUUGGGGGGUAUAUCCACGGAAUAUUACAGCCUGAGUGACUGUUCCGGGUCAGCCGUCAUCAUAUGAGGGAGUAGAUAUAGAACAGAGUAAAGCAAACAGUAGUGCUUGAUUGACAGCAGAAUGUCAAAGAACUCUAUUAUUUACCCAGUUUUAGUGGGUGAUUGGAGAGAGAGCGAGAGAGACUUGAGGAUAUAGAAAGUAGGACUGGCAUGUCUUGCUUUCAGACAGUGAUAGGUGUACGUAGUGGGCCCUGGCAGUCAUUAAGGUCUAUCCACACGGUGUGUUGAUGACUACCCGUAGUUUGAUGCUUUAUUGAAGUAGUUUCAGUACUACAUCUUACAUUGGAAGCUGGGAGAAAUCGGUUUAAUAUGAACAUCUUGUCACAAGAUUAAGGUGUAUCAGAAUUCCCGAGGUCACUCAGAGGUCAGAAGACUUGCAUUAUACUUGUACAUGUAAUUUAUGCUUGUAUAAGUUUGUAUAAUAGUAACUCAUGCUUAGUAAUCCAAACUGUACAGAGGAUGGUGGUACUCGGACUGAAAUACAUUAAUGUUUACUCAGAUGAAAUACAUUAAUGUUUACUCGGAUGAAAUACAUCAGUGUUUACUCGAACUGAAAUACAUCAGUGUUUACUCGAAUGAAAUACAUCAGUGUUUACUCAGAUAUACUUUUUACAGCAUGUUAUUGGAUUUAGUGUUCUAUCUUUAUGCACGAGUUACAAUUGUGUGAAAUGUGAUGAAGGAAGAUUGUGUUCAGAUAGUUCAUCAAACGUAUGAAGUAUCAUUUGAAAAGAAGACCAUCCCCAGAGUUUUUUUAUCCAAGUCUUGUAUAAUAUCAGGAAAGAAAACGAGGGAUAGAGAGGUCAAAGUAUACAUAGUUUGUGUUGUACUUUUUAACAUUUUUAUGAUGUAUUUUUAAUCAUGUUAUUUGUUUUGUUUGUCUUUUCUGCCAUGAAAGUGCUAUUGUAUAUUAUUCAUGGAAUUUAUGUUACGUUACACUUUGGAAAUCCUUUAAGACUUGUAAAUACCUCUUACCAAAAACAUUGGUCUUCACAUUUUCUCCUGUCUACUAUCAUCUUAACUUUGUAGUAUUUAUUUUAAGUUAGACCCAUUGUAUUAGAAACAGUUUUGUAAUUUUUUUAUAUAAAAAAGAAUAGAUGAAAUACAUAAAUCAAAAACGA